AUGACAGACCAUCUUGCAAACGAUGACGCCGAUGGACCUCCUGGGCAACGCAUCAUCUUACCAACAUCUUCCCAAGGAAAUACGCGAGCAAUGCAUUACUCCUACCAAGAUGCGGUGUCUACAGAAGCGAAACCACGAAAUGCGGAAGAAAUAAACCUCCUCGCCUAUUCCGCAUCAUGCAGAAACAUGUUGCAUCGUCGUUGCGGACUAAAUAGCCGAACAGCUCCAUGUAUGCUCAAUGGAAAAUGUUCUAAAGGCUAUCCAAAAGAUUUUCGCGAGUUAAACGAUGUUGACGUUAAUGAUGCUGAAUUCGACCAUAUGGAAGAAGAAAAUCUUCUCCUUCCAGAAGCUGUUGAUCCCUGA